AUGGCACCGCAAUUUAAGAAGCUCACGGACUGCCCGGAAAACCUCCGGGAGGCCAUCGACUGGCUUAUCCAGGUUAGGCAUGGGAGUGGAAAUGGACUUGGUGAGUUGGCCAAAGCAUUGAAGAAGUUGAUUGAGGAGGCUAUUGAGAAGGCGUAUACCACAAAUCUUAAUGCGCUACUCAAACUCCUCGAUCCUUCCAAGACUUACUCCUGUUGCAAGGGUAAAAUGAUUGAAAUUGAGAAGCUUAAGGACUCUAAAAAUCCUGAGAACAAACAUUUUAAUGACCUUAAAACUAAGUGUGAGAGCAUUAAAAAUUGCUAUAAAAGUCACCUUGACGAUUCCCAACAGAAAGCUUAUCUGGACAUUGUUUCCAAGUUGGAUCGGCUUCUGAAACUUAAAGAGGGUCUCACUGGAUUGACGGAUGAGACUCAAUGUAAAGACUUACUCACAAACCUGUGUACUGGCCUCGAAACCUUCCUAGGCUUCAAUCCAUCCUCCAAAGGCUACGACGGCACUGGGAUAGUGUACUCUGACUUGGACAGGCUGUGUGAUGCAGUGAUGGGAUUUUUGAAGGGGGUGUUGGAGAGUGUUAAAAAUGAAAAUGAAGUGACAACUUAUGAUAAGUACAUCAGUGAACCUAAUAAAAGGCUUAACGAAGUUAUUAAGUUGUUGGAAGAAAAAAUAGGCUCCGGGCGUGAUGGGCUUGCGGAGUCUGUCGAGAAGGUGAAGAGGUGGUUGGAGGGGUAUGAUAAAAAAUUAGAUGAAAAAACUAGUGAAGUUACUAAGCACUUAGAUACACUUAUUAAUGAGAUUGACAGCGAUAUUAAUGAUGUUCAAGGCUUAAGUACAUAUAGACUUUUUCAACAGUAUGACUCUUGUUCUCUAAUCGCCACGAGGAUGACCGGGCAUAUCCAUUUGGCGGAAAAGGACUUGAAGAAUGUUGAUAGUGAAAUGGGAGAUAAGUUAGCACCGUCGAUGAAGUCACUGCAUCAAGCUGUCAACAACUUUAAAAAAUCGGCAGACAAUAAGGAUAUUGAGGAGUUGAACAAGUUUGCAGGGAGUGAGUUGGAUACAUUGAGGUGCAGUGUGGAAGGGAAAGUAACUCAUCGUAUUAUUAGUGUCAGAGAAACUUUGCAAACUGAAUUUCAACAGAAAAUUGAGGAUCCCAUCAAAAAAGUGAAAACGAAAUUAACCAGUGUCGAUGAAGAUUUAAAAACAUGGAUUCAAGCUGCGAAGAAGUUGCUGCAGGGAGCGGUGACUGCAGCUGGCGAUGUGAAUACAGAUUUAGAUCCCCUUACGGUAGAACCGGCAUUAAGUGUCGCUGCAACGUUAGUGGAUACAAAGAUUGGCACCACCGGUAGAAAAGACUCUGAGUUUAAGAAACUUGAUAAAGAGGCGGAUGAAAUUUAUAGAUCCGCUUACGGUAUACAUAGUCAGCUCAGCGGUGCGGUGUAUGGCAUACUGUCGAAGCUUGAGAAGAUCUCGGAAGCUAUUGAUAUGUCCACUAAGGCCAUUGGUACAGUUACUGCCAGUGGAGGAUGGGGAGAUACGAUUGAGGAAUUGCAUAGAGCGCUCAAUACAGAUCUAGAAAGUCAGUUAAACAAUCUAAAAAAAAUGAAUUAUAACUAUGGCUCCUACAAAGACGGCAGAGAAGCAUUUACCAACAUUUUCAAUGCUGUUAAGGCACAGAUUGAAGGGCUGAAAGAAUUAAAAAAUGAUAAAUCUACAGGGGGGCAAAGUAAUAAAUCUGAGGCAAUGCUGAAAUGCCUUGAAACUAUUACACGUGUUAAGGCAGAAUUUCAGGAGGCAGUUAGCGUAUUCAAAACGCGAAUAAUGGCAAUUAGCCAAACUGGUGGUAGUAGACACGUACAAGAUGCCAACGCCUCCAUGCAAAAGCUAAAUGAGAUUUCCAAGUCCGUCGGUGAAGCCAACUCGAGUAUCAUUAAAAUGCUCAAAGCCAUUCAGGAUGAUAUCAACGCUAACGUAGAUCAGAUAUGGAAGCAUAAUGGAGGCAGGGCUCCUGAAUACGUCCAGGCCACGGGUGCCAUGAAAGAAGUUUACAAACAGGUCGGCGCGUUUCAGAAUGAUGUGCUGGAUAAGAUUGGUGAUGGUAAAAAGCAAAACAGUGACACACUGAGAGGAAAACUCGAAACAUCUAGGAAUGAGCUUCAUACGCUUGCCAAUCAAAUUAAAAUCAAGUUGGCGACUGACAUCGAAAGCAAGUUGGGUAUUAUCCAAACUAAUAUACAAAAAAGUGUCAGCGCCAUCACGUCGCAACUUAGAACGCUAAGAACGACGUUGCAGGAUCAAGUGAUUAAUAAGAUUGAGAAGUUGAAGACUUCGGGCCUUGGUCCAGCGAAUGACAACUGGGCAGAAACGACGAGUACUGCGAAAGGACUUGCACAUAUAGAGGCCAACCUUAAAGGUAUCAUUGGCAAUUCAGAUGGUAGUCAACCUGAAACCGUGGAAGGCAUCAUUAAGAAAGCUGGUGAAUUCUUCCAGAAAAUCAAUGAUGAGGCCGACAAAGCAUUUAAGGAGAUCAAUGAAUAUGUCGCAAAAGAAGUAGGAACGACAACAACAAACGUCAGGAAUAAAGCUCAACGCAUUUACGCCAACCGCAUACAGAAGGAGGUCGAAAAGCUGAAGUCAAUUGUAAACACUCAAAAAUCUGAAAUCCGAAAUAUCGUCGACAAGGACAGAGCCAGCGGUAUCAAGUGCCUGCUAUGGAAUAUGAAGAACAAUCAUGACACCCUCACUCAGUGUGCCGGUAUACAUGAAUUAAAAUGGACAGCAGAUAAAUUGAGACACUACCUCGAUCCGCUCCUUGACUACAUCUUGCAGCAAUCCAUGACCCCUCCACUGUACCCUACUGGGCAUGUCAAGCACAACGCCAACAGCGAUAAUGUUGAAAAACUGAAAAAGAAGUUGGACAACUUGCUCACCAAGCUUCACGAAUCAAACCACUUCGAUCGUACAUUUAGCGACAACCUUGCCGCACUCAAGCAGCAACUCACCACUUUCCCUCCUUCCUCGUUCUCCGGCAUUUUCAACGGCGUGCUGCUUGAUGGCUUACGUGCCGGGUUGGACGGGCUGUGCUCUCAGUUGUGCUAUUCUUAUGUCAACAGGUAUUCGGGACUGAAAUUCGAAGGUGAGCUGAGGAAGAAUUUACACAAUGUCCUUCAGCCCGGAAAGGUUUACGAGAAGUAUGACUUGACUGAGGAAGGGAAGAACUGCGCAAAAGUGUGUCUCACAGUUUUCUCAACGCUCUUUAACGAUUUGUCGCAUCUGAAGGAGAGAUGUAACGGUGGUUGGAGAUUCAGAACCAUUAAUACAACCAAUAAGCUCGGAAUCUUCUUUGAAACACGUGGUUAUAUAGUGCCGAAAAAUGCAGAUAACCAGAACGCUGAGUUGAACAGAACUAAGAAAGGCGAAUCUAUCAUGACGAGUGCGAUGAAACUAUUCAAUGUACGUGGCGCGGGGUACCUUGAACAAUGUCACCACUGCCUCGAAACGUACUACCAAGUCUGUCAUAUAUCGACGUUCGCUGCCAAGAAACGGCCAUGUAACAUAUACGAAAUUCUAUGUUGGUUGUCUGGGUUGCCGUGCAACGCGGUUUACGAUACGCUGUUGCAAAGCGCUCUCAGUGAUCCGUUUGAGGAUUCAAACAAGCCGUCAGACGACUUUGAUGGUACCCCCGUAUUUGACUUGGGCUCUUCCAAGAUAGAAGCUUAUCCGCAGGCGAUCACGUAUGAGGAUACACGUAACGCACUCAUUCACGUUUGUUCGCAAUCCUACGAUCUGCUGACCACCAUCCUCGGCACGGGUGACGCUGCCACAUUCUACGCUAGUGACUUCUCAAAUAACUCGAUGCAAUUCCACUAUCCAACCUCGGGUGAGGACUGCCUUGAUAUGCUUUCUGACAUCCUUCGCAGAUUGCUUCCGCAGCUCCAGUUCCUACACAGCAAAUGCCGAGAAAGCGCUAAACAUCACGGUUGGCGGGAGUGUCUGUACGGCAAGCAUAUCCCUACGACCAAGUGGCAAUGCACGGAUUAUGCUACCGGCAAAGCAACGUGUCAACCAAAAGACCAACCAUGCUGCCAAGCAACGUGCCAGGCAAAGUGCCAACCAAAUUGUCAACCAAUGUCCCCCUUAAUGUCGUACCUAAACGACUGCCUGCCCGGUCACUUGCCGCAUCAAUUAACAAAACUAGGCUGCAAAUACGAAUGCGCCACUUGCCCUACGACUUCUAAGUUGGGAAUGCCUUGCAUGACCCCGCUUGGCUUCAGGCAAUUUUCAUCCAGCGUAAGAACAGGAAACGACAUAUGCAACGUGAUAAGCAAGCUUCUAAGUAAUUCUCAUAUUGCACGUCUGCUGUGCUUAUCUCCCAAGGCGCCAUCUACGCUGCCUGAACACUUCGGUUUCGCAUUGACACUUGCAAAGGGGCUUAGUGCUGCGUCGCCACGUCGAGUUGAUAGCGUGGUAACAUUUGCCGAUAGCUUCGCAACCUCCAUCACCAAAGGCUCUAUUAAGCUAUACGAUGAGACCAGCAAACUUACAAUUCCGCUUCGUAACGCUUACGGUGACGGGGAAAGCGCUCACGGUGAUCGACAUAAUGAGGCAACGAAAGCCGAUUUGUCAAGCCUGGCAAUGACGCAAUCAUGCGUGUUACCUAACAAGCAUCUAUACUGUGCCCCUUAUCUUAAGUCACUUUGCGGUGAUAACUAUUAUUACUUAGCGCAGAAGGAUUCAGCUACAUAUCUAUCAUGGGCUAUCUACUCACCAUGGACGCUUUAUAGAUUUCUUAACUGUCUAUAUGAUGCCUUCUGCAACAUAUCCUGUAAAGACUGGGGAUGCCCUAGUUGUGUUCCAGCUGACUCAUGUAAGAAGGGUCAGCACGGUGUAGGCAACAGCUGUAGAUGCAACUCACUGGUUGGAUGCCGAGGUGUAUUAAGCACGUUCUACAACUACGGAUUCACAUUCGGUAAUGCAACUAGCUUGCUGGACAUAAACAAUAAAAGGUAUUGCCGUAACUUCCAAGCUCAAUUGAAAAAUGUCCUCGAUUCGGAAUAUUUCAGGAAGCUGUUUGAAAAAUGCGAUGAAUUCCUCUGGAUCAUUAGACAACCAUUCUCCUACCUUGUGCUCGCCCUCUGGCUCCUCUCUCUGUUGUACCUCCUCCACAUCAUGGUCGUCCGCCUCGACCUGCUCCACAUCAAAUCGCAUCUGCACUCACCAUCAUCACAUCGUAUAGCCGCGCAAUCAUUGUUGGCUGCAGCGCGUCUCGGCAAACUUGCCAAGAUAUCGUACCUACAAGCGUAA